AUGCAAAUAACAGAGGAUAUUUUAGCUGUUUUAGUUACUUUUGAAAAAGAAUUACAAAAAGAAAUAAAAGAGGAAGAUAAAACAAAAAAUAUUAAACAAAAUUCUAAACAAAUUUUGAAUAAUUCUAAUAAAUUAAAACAAGAAUUUGAUAUCCCUAAUAAAGGAAGAUCAACAAAAAGGCGAAAUCCUGACAGUUAUGGAGAGGAAGGAAAUUAUAAUACAGGGAAAAAUGAAUAUAUUGUAGAUGAAGAAGAAAAGGGUGAAAUUGAAGAAGAGGAAAUUGAGCAACAAGAUCGUCUCAGAAUUAAAGAUUUGCCUUUUUUGAGGGGUGCAAGUCCAGAUGUAAUUGAUUUAUUUCGAAAAGUUAUUGAUGAUCCAGAAUUUCCUACAGAAAAACGGAGAUUGGAAGAAAUUCAAUUGCUGGCAGUUUCUUACUUGAAUGCCCGCCAAUUAGCUAAAUUCGAUGCAUGGGCAACAACGAGAAGAAAGUGA